UGUCCUAAGCAACGCGAUCUCAGUCCCCCCUCCUACCUUCAUCCUCACCUCCCGGACGGAGCACGAUGGCGGAAUUUAACUUAAACGUUCCUUCUCCCUACGGGAUGGAAGGGUACGAUGUGGGAGCGCUCAGCGUUGAGCAGCAGGAGAAGCUGUGGGACUUCAAGAUAAACACACGAAUAGCGAAUGAAUACUACCUGAGGGAGCAUCCGGAGGUGGAGAUACUGCUGGGAGAGUUUAUGAGGUCUGUGCUCCUGAAGAAACCCAAAAACAUUGGAGAAUUUGCCGCUGAGUACUACACCGACGCAAGGCUUCCAGAAAAGAUCCAGAGGAAAGUGUACGAGCGGGAAAAGAUGCUGAAACAGAAGUGAGUGGGGGAUGGAUGUGAACUCUUCGCUGGGCACUGACCUCGAGCUGAGCCACAUGCAACACCACCCCUGCCCACCCAUGCACUGGCAGUCACAGGGCAGAAACCAUUAAACCUUCCUCUCAUUUGUG